AAUAUGUUUCCGCAAUCAUUGAGGGGCUGCAUUACUCUUCUUGGUGAACUGGAGUGAACUAGUAGGAUGAUCAAAGCUGUAUUCAUCGUGUGCCUUUGCACCUUACUGCUCGUCGAGGCUCAACAUGGUCCCUCUGAUGGUGACCACCCUGAAGGACCUCCAAAACCACCAAACAGAAUUGCUCGUCAAGCACCACCUGAUAAUAACGGUCCAAUUCCUCAAGGAAUGAACGGUGGAAUGGGUCCGGGAAAUUUGGGAAUGCAAGGACUGGGUAACAUUCCUGAUCCAACAGUAUGGAUUGCCAAAGGACAAGAAAUAGCCAGUCAAUUCGCCAAAGGUCGUCGUCGUCGUCACACACCUUAACCAAAAAUCUCGCGUGGGAUUCUAUCACCACCAAUGCCGAAAAUAAAUCACUGAAGACAGAUAGAAUAUUCAGCUUCUUUUAUAUAGAAUUAUACUCACCUACUGCUUCGAUGCACGUGGAGAUUUUCACAGAAAUGAAAGAUUCUAAUGCAACUAACGAAAUUUAACUGGAUAAAAUUGAUGAAUACACUAUUGAUGAACUAUCA